AUGCCCUCAACAUCACACGCCUGGCGCCGUACCUAUCGGUACAUAGUGCCAUCACCCGCCAGAUGGGACGGUCGACACGUGUUGUUGUUGCCGUUUCGCGAGGAGCAGAGCGAACUGACAAAGGCUGUCGCUGCCCUCAGCCCUAAGGAUGCGAAAGAAACAGUUGCCUUUGCCCAUCUGGCAGUCAACAAAGCCAUCACUCAGCGGUAUGUGGUCAAUGCCGACCAGCAAGACGCCCGUGCGACGAAUUCGAUCACCUACCGCGGCCUUACUGGCCAUGAUCAGUUUGCCUCUCUGGCUCGAACAUUUACGGGCCACUUUCACAGCCACCAGACCAUUACCCAGCAGAAAUCCAGUAGCGGUGACAAGACAGAUCUUCGGGGGAGCAUUACAUAUCUCGGCUCGCCCUUGCAGCUGAACUGGGCCGACCUUUACGAUCAAGAGCGAGGUGUUGUUCUGCUUGAUCCGGAGACGCUCGAGCACAAACUUCUCACCAACCCGCAUGCCGUAGGCUAUACAGCAGUUGCCCUUGAGGAGAUUCUCAACGACCAGGUGGAUGAACGUUCCGUAAAGGACAGGCAUGUCAUGAUCCUCGGCAAGCUCACCCCUUUCAAGUACGCCACCGCUCGAGACAAGCUUCUCUCGCUAGGGGUGCGCGGCGUACGAAAUUGGAUACCUACGCACUUUAGCUUGCACGCAAGCGGCCCGGCGUCUGGUGGUCUGGGGUCAUCUGUCCCAGCGAGCGAUGUUACUGCACAACCUUUAGAACAGCCCACUCAGGAUGAGGCUCAUGAAGCCUCAACCACCGGGAGAGUUUCAGAGUCUAUCCCUGAAACUGAGCCUGAGUCCAGGAAGAUUGCUCUUGACCUCAUAGCCGAAGUUCACGAGUAUGUCAAGUCUGUGGAUUUAGGGGAACCGCUUCUCAUGCGGCAAGACGAUUUGGUCCAGGUUGGCCAACAAAUGAUUCAAACCUCUUAUGGGAUGGCUGACCAGUAUGGCGAGGCCAAGCUUGAUUAUAAAGAGUUCCUAGAAAAGUCGUGUCAAGCCAUCUCCUCAAAUAUUACGCCCCCCAACCCAGCAGUACGAUCUGCCAACGUCUUUGACACAAUUCAUAUCGACUUCCAACAAGAUCUCACACCGGGAUUGACCUUUCUGAUCGGCGAUAAUGGUUCAGGGAAAAGUACAAUAAUGGAAGCUAUGGUUUGGUGUCAAUUCGGUCGAUGUAUUCGUGGCGGGCUCGGGGUCAACGAUGUCGUGAAUGAUAACGUCGGUAAAGACUGCUGUGUCAAGCUGGAGUUUAACAACGGAUAUGCCAUCACUCGGUAUCGCAAACACAAAGUCCAGGGCAACCGUGUUGUCAUCUCCUCACAUGGAAACCCCCUUCCGCACUUUGAGCACCCAGAUAUGCGCACGACACAAUCAGCAAUCAACGAACUGCUCGGAACUAACUACGAAACAUACAUCAGAACUGUUGUGCUGAGCGAAGAGAGCGCAGCGAGCUUCUUGUCCUCCACGCCAACGCAGCGGUGGAACGUGAUAGAGACGGCACUUGGGCUGUUUACUUUGGAUCAGUGUGAGGAGGUGCUGAAACUGCUGCUGCGAGAUAUCGGUACCGACAUCAAGGAGGCCGAGAAAGGACUCGAAGGUGUGACUCGGACGGUGGAGUACACCGAAAGACGGCUUCAAGACCUCACUCGCACGCAUACACGACUUGAAGCGGAAGCAAGAAAGGAAGCUUCAGCUUUGGAGAGGGCCGUACAAGACCAUGCAGCCAAGGAACGACUUUUGAAGGAACACCAAACCCGAUUCAGAUAUGAAACCUCACAAAGUAUUGCAGAUUCCAGCCGCCAAAUCUUGGGGUUAGAGAAAAAGGAUCUGGCCCUGGAGCUCAAUGUGGGCUUUCAUGCUCAUAUGUCUGGAUUGCAGACCCAAAUUCGCAUGGAGGAGGAGGCUUUGCAGCAGCUAAACGAGUCUUAUGCCAGGAUGAAGGACGAGGUCCAGGUGCAACAUGAAAGGGUCUUGAAAUACAAGCAAAGCCAGGAAGCAAAAGAUGCUCAAGAAUGCGUAUAUUCCCGUCGAAUGGAAUGGCUCGCCUUGUGGUUGGAAAUGCUUGAUGAGAAACUGAAAGCCCUCGCUGCGGGCCAGCCCAGUGGCCUACCCAACUCUUUUCAUGGAAUGAGGACUUCUGUUGUCUCUUGGCUAUCCACAGCUAUCGUUACAGUCAUGAGCCUACUCCGAAGGCCAACUAAUCACAAUAUCGCUCCAAGAGGUUCACUCAAUCAAGACGCGCAGAGUGCACCAAUCCACGACGCUGAGAAAACAACUACACAGAACCAUGAUCAAGAGGCAGCUCUCAAAAGUCUUCUUCAAGCUAUCAAUGAGAAAAGGUUGCGGUUACGCAGUCUGAAGCAUGAGAAAAAUAUCGCUGCCAACCAUGCCAGGAACAUGGGUGAACUGCUGACGGGUGUUGUUCAAGCCCAGGAGGCGUGCGAUGCCUUGAGACAACAGCUGACGAUACACCACCGUAAUGCUUCUACCUACAAGCGUCUGGCCGAAGCAGAGGCCUCAUCCUUAGAUUCCUUACGCUCGGAGCAUGAGGCCCUGACAAACAAGCUCCAGGAGCUUGCCACCAAGCGCGAGCUAUUCGCCUUUUGGUCUGCCGCCUUGACCAAGCGUACAGCCCGGCUCUCAUCGUCCCCCUCCUCAUCAAAACCCACAGCGAAAAUCAGGGCCAAUUUUCGGGAGCAUAUCCUCAUCGCGCUGCUCUCGGAGCUCAACACUCUGCUCGCGCAGGUCCUUACCGUGCUGUACGAUGACACACGCCACGCGCACCUGGCAACAGGUAUGCUCGGCUCGUUAUUUGACUCUGCUGAGUCGGGCGACAGCGCAUCCUCCCCGGGGUCCAUUCUUGACCAAAAACUCGCCCUCCCAUCCUCUCUCGCCUACGCGAAGCGCUCCAGUGGCGAGCGUAAACGCGUCGAUCUGGCACUCUUCUUUGCAUUGUUGCAGUUGACCAGGGCUAGAAGUGCGCAUCGGGCACACUAUCUGCUUGUUGACGAGGUCUUUGACAACCUAGACAAGGCAGGCCAGGCGGCGGUCGUCAGGUGGUGCGGCGUCAUGUCGCAGACUCGGAUGGUGGGUUGGAUCAUCGUGAUCACGCACAGCCAGUUUUUGAUCGAGCUGGAUCCUGGGGAGGACACUGCAAAGGUUCUAGUUGUGACGGCAAAGAUGGGGCGGGGAGGGGGGACGGAGUUGUCGAUCAACAAUGGACGUAGCAUUGGCGGAGGUUCUUCCGUGACCGGUACCUCUCGAGUAUUUCACAACACUUCAUCGGUAGCUUUUACAGCCCUCCCAACCUCAAACCUCACCACCCACCUCCCAAACCCUCACCCCUAUCCACCCAAAAUGAGACCCCCCCACGUCCUCCUCUCCCUCCUCCCCCUCAGCGCCGCCCAACUCCAACCCGUCCCCACCUUCGGCCCCCCUAUCCCCAGCCGCGCCAAAAUGUUUGUUUACGCCCCCCCAAACCUCCCCCCUAACCCAGCUAUUCUCCUCGGCGUGCACUACUGCACCGGCACCGCCCAAGGCUAUUACAACGGCAGCCCGUACAAACGCCUCGCCGACGAGAAAAAGUUCGUGGUUGUCUACCCUGAAUCACCAAACGAGGGCGGCUGCUGGGAUGUGAGCUCUAGGGCUACGCUGAAGAGGGAUGGCGGGAGUGAUAGUCAUGCGAUUGCCAAUAUGGCGAGGUGGGCGGUGGAGAGAUAUAACGGGGAUAAGGGACGGGUGUUUGUUAUUGGGGAGUCAUCGGGUGGGAUGAUGGCUAGUAUCCUCGCUGCUGCGUAUCCUGAUUUGUUCAGCGCGGUUAUUAACUACUCCGGUGUAGCAGCCGGCUGCUUCUUCACUGACUCCGUUGCCGGCUGGAACGGGAACUGCUCAGGGGGGAGGAUGAACUUGACACCUGAAGAGUGGGCGAGGUGGGUGUUGGAUGCUUAUCCGGGUUAUAACGGGACGAGGCCAAGGAUGCAGGUUUACCAUGGGAGUGCGGAUGAUGUUAUUGCGCCGGCGAAUUACAACUAUUCCAUUGCGCAGUGGACGACCGUGUUUGGGUACCCUGGGACGCCCCUGGAGGAGAAGAAGGAUGUGCCUGAGAGAAGGUAUACCACGCAGGUGUUUGGGGAGAAGUUGACGGGGAUUUGGGCGGAGGGGGUUGGGCAUGGGGUGCCGGUGCAUGGGGAGGAGGAUAUGAAGUUCUUUGGGCUGUGA